AUGGCAACCUGGCAUCCAGCCGGGCUUCUUGUUGCUUCCCGCCACCUUUGCAAAGCACCGACCUGGUGGAGGAAGGGCCGAGCUCGAACUUUGCACCGGAGCUAUGCGGAAGUGGAGCUGUUGUCCCGGCUUGCAAAGCUUCUGAUGCCAGCUGAGCCCAUCAGGGAGCUCUUUCGGGACUUCCCUGUGGAGCCUUCGGAGAAGUGGGGUUCGCGCUGGCUGUGCCCAGACAUCACAGCCUAUGGGGUGCUGAAAGCGGAAGACGCAGCUCUCUUCGUCGAGUAUGACGGGUACUAUCGGCACUAUUGUCUGCAGGGGUACAGCGCAGACGAGCGAAAGACAAAUGCCCUGCUGCAGUAUGCACCCGCCGGCUCGCAUGUGCUGCGAAUUCGGCAUGCCCGACUGAGUUUGAGCAGCAUGGAAGGCUCGAUACAAGUGAUUGUGAAUACGUGGCGGGCAGGCCACACGCCGUCAUUAAACCAUGUCUUAAGCCAAACCGUGGGGCACCUUCUUAAUGGCCACCAGCAUGUUUUUCGAACGGAUGUUUGCAAGCGUCUCCACGCAGUGAACGAAGCGGAGAUGGAGGCACACUUUUCCGAGGCAUGCAAAUUUGCAAGUCAGGCCAUGUUCACUGGGAUCUCUGAUGUCAACAAGGCCAAAGUGCUCGGGUUCCUGGAAGAGGAUUUAGAGUUGCCAACAGCCACGAUUAAUGCCUUAGGAAACAAGCUUCCAAGAAUCUGGGGAACCAGCAUCGACGGCACUCUGAAGGCCACAGCGGCAUGGCUUGACGACAUUGGUCUGAGCCGGGCGCAAGUGGCCAAAGUCGUUGCUAGGCAGCCACAAGUUCUGGGCUUGAGCAUUGAAGCCAAUUUGAAGCCGAAAGCCGCAUGGCUUGAAGAUGUUGGUUUGAGCGCAGCUCAGAUCGCCAAAGUCGUAGCUGGUUUUCCGCAGUUCCUGGGCUUGAGCAUUGAAGCCAAUCUGAAACCCACAGUGGCAUGGCUCGAAGAUGUUGGUCUGAACCGGGCACAGGUGGCCAAAGUCGUUGCUAGGCAUCCGCAAGUUCUGGGCUUGAGCAUUGAAGCCAAUUUGAAGCCGAAAGCCGCAUGGCUUGAACAUGUUGGUUUGAGCCCAGCUCAGAUCGCCAAAGUCGUGGCUGGUUUUCCGCAGGUCCUGGGCUACAGCAUUGAAGCCAAUCUGAAAGCCACAGUGGCAUGGCUCGAAGAUGUUGGUCUGAACCGGGCACAGGUGGCCAAAGUUGUUGCUAGGCAUCCGCAAGUUCUGGGCUUGAGCAUUGAAGCCAAUUUGAAGCCGACAGCCGCAUGGCUUGAAGAUGUUGGUUUGAGCACAGCUCAGAUUGCCAAAGUCGUAGCUGGUUUUCCGCAGUUCCUGGGCUUGAGCAUGGAAGCCAAUCUGAAACCCACAGUGGCUUGGCUGGAGGGUGCUGGGCUUAGUCGAAAGCAGGCAGCGAAAGCCGUUGCCGAUCAUCCCAGACUUCUGAGUUACAGUAUCGACCGAAACCUCUCUCCCAAGUUGGCUUUCUUGCAACAACUGUUUUCCGACGGAAUGAUCGGCAGUUUGAUCGCGUAUCAUCCGCCGCUGCUCGGCUAUAGCAAUGCUCGCCUGUAUCAUCGUUCGGGCAUCCUGCAUCAACACAACUGCCUGUUGAAGCUUGCCAAAGUAAUCUCUUUGACGCAUGCGCAGUUUGCGUGGUUUGCAGACUUCGCUUCAACGGAGGACUAUGAGGUUUCCUCGUUCAAGGAAGCCCUGCAGUGUGCUGCUGUCGAUCUGUUGGAUAACAUCUUUACCCCUUGUCACAAACGAACACAAGCAGCCUUCAACCUAGCCAUGGCUGAGCUGCGCAGCUUUCCGAAGCCGACGCUGGCCGUGGUACAGGGUCCAACGGCUGGAGGUGGAGUCGGUGUGGCUCUAGCGACCGACAUCACCAUUGCUGCACGGUCGGCAUACUUUGUGCUGACCUUCACCCCGACGCUGGCGCCUGGACGUCCACAAGUUUUUGUGUAUUCCUGA